ACACAGUCCACAAAGAGAGGACAACCUGCAGACGACAUGUUGGUGUUUUUGCUUGCGACAGUCGCCGUUGUAUCGGCACAGACUGUGUACGAUUCUACCUACCAGUUUGGAAACCUAGCUGGGCCUAUACCCCAAGUUGUGGUCUUCGAUUGUGGCUCCAAUCCUGAUCGUGCCUUCAAGAACUGGAACUUCGUUUUUGACAGAACUGACUUGGAAUUGCCAGGCAUCUUCACCAUCAUUGACUUUGAUGUCGAUGUGACGAAGCAGGUUGUUGGGCCUCUCUUUGCCCGUAUUGAAGCGUGGCGGGCCAUCUGGUUAUUCGGCGGAAUCGGUACGACUAUCCAGGUCCCCUGUCUGCCUGUGGACCCUGUGUACGGCGUAGGGACAUGUGACUACGGAGACCUUUGUCAGAUCCUGACGGACGGAAAGCCGUUCGACGCCCUGUCCAACAGCACGGUGUGUUACCCCGACGCCACGCUCAUGGGGAUACCGGAGGGACAGUGCGGCUGUGAGGGCAUGGCGCCCAAACACUACGGCAUCAAGGGCUGGAACAAACUCAUCGACCUGUCAGGAUUGGAGUCCGGCAUUCUCACAUUCCUAGCUUCGGGAGACUAUGAGCUCAGGGCCACGGUGAAAGACACUAGCGGCGCGGAGCAGGCAUGUAUCGGGGUCAGGGUGCCCGUGCACGAGUACGUGGACCCAGACGCGGGCGGUGGUUGGCUGUUCGGCAAGAAGAGGCGUUCCACGUAAUCCUAACGUGCGCACACAAAAUGAUGACGUAGUUCCUACGUCAUGGAAGGAACACAUUUAGUUAUGACCUUGAAAUAAAAGAGUUCAACAUGUA